AUGGUACAAAUUUGGCAAAUGGAACCGUAUCCGUGCGGUGAUCCACGACUACCGCACCAUUUAUUUCCACCAAAGAAAAUUCAGCCAGAUGAAUUGAUGAGAAAAACAGGCAUUAAUUAUUUCAAGAUGGAUAUGAUGAAUCAGGUAGCAAUGUCAAAACGAAUAGCAAUCUUAAAGUUGGAAAGAAAUUUGACCCGAGAAGAUACGUUUAUUCUUGAUGCAGCAACUACAAUUGAUUUUGACGACAAAUUGGAAGAAUUGUUUGAAGAAAGUGAAUUACCUGAAGAACAAGCCCGAAUGAUUAUCGAAGGUUCUGCAUAUUAUGAUAUCGAGGGUGAAGAUGGAAUUUGGUAUAGAAUUUUAUGCGAAUAUGGUGACCUAAUAAUUAUACCACCGGGAAAAAUGCAUAGAUUUACCACAACGACAAAGAAUUUCGUCAAAAUGCGACGAUUUUUCAAAGGUAUCGACUAA